UAACCGCCGCCAGUGGGUGAGGUGAAGCACCACCUCGGCGUCUGCGCCCACCCACCAGAUCCUGGUCCAUCCUCGCCAUAAACGCACACAUUAGCACACUGCGCCCGUCAGGCCGCCACAGUCUGUGACCCAGUGGACAGCCGGCAGCACCAGGAGCCUCGGAGUUCCUCAAGACAGGAUGGGCCUCCUGCUACUGCUCACCUCCACGCUGCUGCUCAGCUCUUUCCACUCUGGGACAGCUUUGAACGCAGAUUUAAAAAUAACGUCGGUGGACCUGUCCGUCGAGCCCAGCGAUGAAGUGUCUCGAGGCACGAAUGUGACUCUGAGAUGCAAAGGGAAGGUUCUCACCUCCAGGAUCGAUGCGCUGAUUCGUGUGUAUACCAUAUCCAAAGAUGACGUAGUCAUCUACAACAAGACAACCAGCUCCUCUGAGGAUUUCCUCUACCACCUGCCGGAGGCCAGAGUCUCCAACAACGGCAAAUACAGGUGCAGGAUGCACAUGAUGGGAGAGGAGAUGGACAGUCAAGCCGUAAGACUCAGUGUGACAGGCAUGUCGACGCCCAUUCUUCAGCUCAGCAAAGCGAUUGUCACCGAAGGGGAGGCUGUAAACGCCACAUGUUUGGCACCGGGUGAGACGGGCUCCAUUUUGUUCAACUUCUAUGACGGCUCCAAAGACGUCGACAAGAUGGGGCCGUCCUCCAACCCAGUUAUGUUCCGCCCCAAAGGCGUUGGAGACCACGUUAUCCGCUGCUCCUACUCCGUCUUCGUCAUGCCAGACAAAUUCAGCUCCCCGCAAAGCAACGCGGUCAACCUUACAGUUAAAGAGCUUUCCGUGGGGCCAGUCCUGACGAUUUCCCCUCAGGAUAACGUCUACGAAGGCGACGCUCUCAAGAUCACAUGCUCUGUCAACGACUCUAUGAAGGAUUACCCAGAUGCACUCCUCCUAUUGAGUCAGGGCGACACACUACUCAAUUCUGGAAACACAUUCGUCCACGCUAACUGGAUAGUGCAAGCAACAGGCCCAAAGCUUAAUAUUGUAUGCCGGUUGUAUGUAAGAAGUGCAGAAAAAGUUGCAAUGAAGACAGUUUCAGUGACCGAGCUGUUCUCGGUGCCCACUCUCCAAAUGUCUCCAUCCGAAAUCUUUCAAGGGGAUUCAAUUCGGCUGACCUGCACAAGCAGGAUACUAUCUUAUGAUAAACUCGGAGGAGAACCCCUUAUUUACAGGCUUGAAUCUCUCACGGACAACAUGACUCAAGCAAAUGGCAUAUUUGUUUUCAAGGCCAAGAAAAUUGAUUUCAACUAUACAUGUACAGUUGUUGCGAAGGGCAUCAAGAAGAAGAGUAAUGUGCUGGCUAUUAACCCAAAAGUUCCUGUCUCGGCUCCAAAGAUCUCGGUCCAUGGCAGUGCAAUCCUCGGGAAGGAACUUAAUAUCUCCUGUCUGUCGGAAACAGGCACUCCACCCAUUACCUACACCCUAUGGAAGAAUAAUAAACAAGACAACACUGUCGUAGUUCAGGAGUUCCACAAACCUGCUAUGUUUACUGUGUUGGUCAGUGAACCUGAACAACUACAUGAGUACUUUUGCAGGGCAAGUAAUGGCAACAGGGAGCCCGAAUUAAGUGACAAACUCCGCACAGCUGUCAUUGUGCCUAUGACCAAAGCGUAUCUGAUGGUCCUUCCUACCUCAGGCGAUAUCUCGGAGGGGCAUUCUGUCACCCUUAUUUGUUCUUUCACUGGCACGCCACCUGUAACAGUUGGGUGGUACCGGGAAAGCGAUUCAAAUUCCCUGAAUCUCACUACCACAAAAAUUAACACCACAAGCUACACGUUCAUUCUGUCUAAAAAGCACAGCGACAAGUACUACUGCAAGGCUCAGAACCGCGCCAACUUUGUUGAAAGCAACAGAGUUGAGCUAGAAGUCGGCAUGGCGAAGUGGAAGAAAUUACUGAUUUCCGGGACCGUAAUACUGGUGGUGUCCUCAUUGGUGAUGAUGGGCUGUGUGCUGUUCAUCAGAUCCAGGAGAGGUGAAAGAAAACCAUCCGCUGAAUUAUCAGUAAAGCCUGCAAGCCCUAAAUCAGAUGACUCUUUAACAGUGACUCUAACUCACGGCACAGAGGUUUAUAAUGCAGCCACAGACGCAGCGUCGUUCUAUGAUGACAAGGGGGGGAGAGAGGCCAAUGGGACGCGAGGUAGUGUUGCAUCGCUUCCUGCAGACGUCAGCGACAGGAGCAGCUACAAUAUCCCAGUCACAGUGUAGCAACAACACAUCAAACUCUGAAAGACUUUUGAGGCAAAACCCAAGAAGCAAUAAUCCUGUUUAUGACGUUCUGAAAGAUUUGGACUCCAAUCUUUUCUCUGUAAAACCGUGGGGCUCUUUUUGUUUUUAUUAUUGUAAAUGACAAGAAAUAAAUCGGGACCCACUGCUCCCUCUCCCCUCCUCCUGCAGUCUUUAUCCUAACAAUCUGUUUUUGGCCUUUGUGUCUGUGUUCUGUGCAACUGCAUGCCUGUUUCAUGUUUCAUCUGUUCAUCUAACCUGCAUUAAGUAAACCUGAUUACACCGACUUGUACAUAGUAUCACUGGAAAUGUGUGUAUAUAAUUUUGGUUGAUCUCCCAACUGAUGAUGGAUUGAGCGGUUCUGUAGAAUAAAGGUUUUUGUGUUAUUUA